UCUAAUUCAUUUUUUUGCGAAACUGAAGAUAGAAAAUCCUCUUCUCAAAGCAUUCUAUCCCGAAACAGAUAUUUUUUUUUGUACUAGAACUUCACUUCCUUAGAGCUCUCUUGAGCUGAGCCACCAUGGCAGGACCUUCCUCAUACCUUCGUUUCUCUCUCUCCAUCUUCUUCUUCUCCUUCGUUCUCUUCUCCAUAUUCAUCCCUUCCUGGUAUCAUCCUUCGAACGAGCCGAAGCUAAGACCGAAGCGCUUCUUCCCUACAAGCAAAAGCCCAGUCGUUGAAGAGCCUCCCCGAAUCUGCAAAACCAAGACCCGCCCGUCGUCCCAAACCAUCCACCACCCGCUCGACCCGCUCACCGCCCAGGAAAUAACCCGGGUCGGGUUGAUCCUCCGGUCGUAUCCGCCUUUCGAGUCCUCUCUCCCCCCCAUCCACUCCCUCUCCCUCCACGAGCCUGAGAAGCCCGAAGUCCUCGCCUGGGAAAAGGGCGACCCUCUCCCGCCCAGACGGGCGUUCGUCCUCGCUCUCUCGAGCGGCCGAACCCACGAGCUCGUGGUCGACCUGGGCUCGGGGCGGGUGGAGGCCCACUCAAUAGAGUCCGGGUCGGGUUUCCCGCCCCUCACGCUGGACGACCUGGUCGCCGCUCUCGAAGUCCCGUUCGCGAGCGCGGAGUUCAACGAGUCGAUCCUCGCGCGAGGCGUACUGCUGUCGGACGUGAAGUGCAUCACCCCGUCGUCGGGAUGGUACGGACAGGCGGAGGAAGAGAAGAGGAGGGUCAUAAAAGUUCAGUGCUUUGAUCAGGAGGGCACGUCCAAUUUCUACAUGAGGCCACUUGAGGGCCUCACCAUGACGGUGGACAUUGACAAGAGGGAGAUUGUGAAGUUCUUGGACUCAGGUCGGGGCAUUCCGAUCCCGAAGAGCGCGGGCACGGAGUACCGCUACGGGUCGGUCGAGGAGGAGGUGGGCUGCGACUCGGCGCCACCUUUGAAGCCCAUCUCGAUGGAGCAGCCCGGCGGGCCGAGCUUUUCGGUGGAGGACGGGCAUGUUGUGAAGUGGGCGAAUUGGGAAUUUCACCUCAAGGCGGACCAUCGGGCGGGGCUGGUGAUUUCGCGAGCCAGGGUCCGAGACCCGGAGACCGGGGCGCUAAGGAGCGUGAUGUAUAAGGGGUUUGUGUCCGAGUUGUUUGUGCCAUACAUGGACCCCGACGACGGGUGGUACUUCAAGACCUACAUGGAUGCAGGAGAAUUUGGCAUGGGGGUGACGGCAAUGUCACUUGUGCCACUAAAUGACUGCCCUAGGAAUGCAUACUACAUGGAUGGCAUUUUUGCCUCGUCCGAUGGGACGCCCUACUCCCAAUCCAACAUGAUCUGCUUGUUCGAGCGCUACGCCGGCGAUAUCAGCUGGCGUCACUCUGAGAGCCCUCUCACGGGAGUGGAGAUUAGAGAGUCAAGGCCUAAGGUGACGCUAGUGGUUCGAAUGGCAUCAUCGGUCGGGAAUUACGACUACAUUUUCGAUUGGGAGUUUCAAACAGACGGAUUGAUUCGAGUCAAGGCGAGUCUAUCGGGUAUGCUCAUGGUGAAAGGAGCUCCGUUUGAGAACACAAAGAAUGUGCCCGAAGACUACGAAAUGACCGGGCCCCUCGUGUCGGAGAACGUGAUCGGCGUCAUCCACGACCACUUCAUGACGUUCCACCUUGACAUGGACAUCGACGGCUCAAACAACUCUUUUGUCAACGUCCGCCUCGAGAAGGAGGAGACCCCGCCCGGAAGAUCCCCUCGGAAGAGCUAUGUGAAGGCGCGCCGCCAUGUGGCUCGGACGGAGGGAGACGCAAAGAUCAAGCUCAAGCUGUACGAGCCGUCGGAGUUUCAUGUGAUCAAUCCGUCGAGGCUGUCUAGACUGGGAAACCCGGCGGGGUACAAGGUGGUCCCUGGAGGCAACGUGGCGAGCUUGCUUGAUGUCGACGAUCCUCCGCAGCUCCGAAAUGCCUACACUAAUAACCAGAUUUGGGUGACUCCAUAUAACCGAAGCGAGCAGUGGGCCGGUGGACUCCUGGUGUAUCAAAGCAGGGGAGACAACACUUUGGCUACCUGGUCUGAGAGGAACCGCCCUAUCGAGGACCGCGACAUCGUGCUGUGGUACACCGUCGGGGUUCACCACGUCCCGUGUCAAGAGGACUUCCCGGUGAUGCCGACCGUCCAGUUGAGCUUCGAUCUGAAACCGGUCAACUUCUUCGAGAGCAAUCCGAUACUCCAUGCCGCACCCUACUUCGACAAGGACCUCCCUGUUUGCACGAUGGCCGCUUCAUUCUGAUGCGCUUUCGUCCUCAUCGGUGCCAUAGAUUUCAUGUAUAAUGCAUGUCUGAUCCAAGCAAAUAAGAGAAA